ACCCAGCAGGUUCAAGAUGUUUAAAAAGAAGAAUGAGCCCGUUUCUACUGCAAAUCAAAAUGUGCCUGUAGAGGAGACUAUCCCUGAAGUACAGACCGAUGGUGCAAAGUCUGAGCUUCCAGACAUAAGGGCGAGUGCGCAGGCUGAGAAAGAGCCACAGGGGGAACCGCUCGAGCCGAGCACCAGCGAGGUCGCACCAGAGAACGCUCAACUCGACAAGACCGACGAAGAGGAACGUCCAGUUAUGAACUUUUUCAAAACACUUAGGGUGACUCCGACCAAACCAACAAAACCAACAACUAAUCCUGAUGUCUCAAAAGAUCAGGCACAGGAUACGUCAAAGGUCCCACCUCCUCCUCCGCCUCCAGCACCACCAAAGAUGGAGAGUAAAGCAGAGCCGGCUGUGAAGAAAGAAGAGGCACCACAGGCAGCAGCAGCAGCAAAGGCCAAAGAACCAGAGACCCCCGGCAAAGCCAAAACUAAAGAGAUCACAUUUGGCAAACUCUUUCGUUCAAAGUCUUCGGUGAAGGAGGAAGCAAAGCCAGUUGUGGUACAGGUAGACGCAUCCAAGGCCAGCACUCUCGAAGCUGCCGCCAGACCUGAACCUCCUCCAGCACCCAAACCGGAAGAAAAGAAACUAGAGAAGAAGUCCUCGGCAUUUGGCAGCUUGCUCAAACCAAAGGAACUGCUAAACCAAAUGAGCUCUAAGAUCCAGGCAGCUGCGUCAAGUGCCGCAUCCAGCAUCGCCAUCGGUACCAGAGGAGCGGCUAAAGAGCCAAAGAAGGAAUCCCCUGCCACCCAUGCUGCAGCACCUGAAGCUGGAUCAAGCACCAAGGUGAAAGAAGAGCCCAAGCCCGCCGCUGCUGUGGCUGCUGCUGCAGGAUCUCUGGAUGACAAAUCAGUGGAAAGUGCAGAUAAUUCUUCACCAAGCGUCUCCCGCAAGCUAGAGAAGAGGAACUCCAUUCAGCUCUUCUUCAAAAACCUGGGUCAGAAACGCCACUCUGACGCAGGAGUGCAAACAGAGCCUGGAGCACCUGAAAAGGCCAAAUAAAAACUUUGGUUUUAUUGUCUGCAUAGAAAACCAGUCGCAUUUACAUAAGUAUCUUGGUGUAAAUCUUGUCCAGAGACCAGAGAUGUACUCUUAUAUAACCGCUACAACCAGGGUAAACAGAGAACUAAAGUAUCAGAAAACUGCCAUGUUUAAUUCUAACUUUCAGUUUUCUCCUAUUUCUUGAAACUGUCCUUAAUACUUAUAUCUUUUGUUUAUAUUAAGUAUAUUUAGUGAGGAUUUGCAAUUUGCUUAAUAUAUGGGUCAGUUAAAUGACAUGCAUUAGAAUAUGAUUAAUUUCUGUUGUAUUUGCAUUCCAAAGUCCAACAAAUUUAGGUGGCGCAAUGGUCUGAGCACAUAAUAGAUAAUA